UUUUUUUUUUUACCACAUUAUUUAUUGUCCCCUCUUUUACUUUUUAUAUUUUUUAUUUUUUUGUUUUGAUUUUUAUCAUAACAGGGCCUCUGUUAUCUUAAAUUAUUCUAUAAAAGGAAUCGAAUAUAACAAUAAAUUCCAUGUCAGGUCAAAAUGGUGUAGUUGACACUAGUCAGCCUAGUAUUGCUGACACCAUAUCACCAAGACCUCAUCGUAAAAUACAAGGCUUGUCAAUCGGUAGCACUGCCUCAACCACCAGUAUCGCUAGUUCAAAUGCCAGCCGAUAUACCACCAGUGGUAUGACAGCUACAUCGACAUUUUCAUCCAUAGAUGAGCAUGACCAAAUAUCCACGAAUUCAUCCGCAAUCGGUUUUUUAAAUGAUUCCGUAGAAGACCAAGAUUUUGGGUUAAUUGAUACCUUAGACUAUGAGGAUGUGGAUGAGGGUAUAAUAGACCACGAGUACAUUCAUCGGGACAGAGAAAAUCUCAUAGAGAGUCUCUUGGCUUCAGAACAAGCUUAUUUGGAAUCACUUGAGCUUGUGAUGAAAUUGUUUUUAGUUCCAUUGAAGAAAGAUGCCAAACAAUCGUCGUUUAAUUUUUUAGGCAUGAAAAAAAUGGUUUGCACUGAACGUGAAUUUCGCUGGUUGUUUGGCAAUUUUGAAGAACUGGUUCAUACACAUCGGUUGAUACUAAAAAGUUUACAAGAAAGAUUACGAAUUUGGGGCCCUACUCAAAUCCUGUCCGAUGUGUUUCAAGCUUGGUUCCCUAAUAUAGAAUGUUACCGUUUGUAUCUAAAGAAUUAUGAUGUAUCUUUGACGACAUAUGAAAGAUUGACAAGAUAUCAGCCGUUCAAGAAAUUUAUUGAUACGGUACAUAAAGACAAAGAUCUCAAGGGUUCCAGUUUAUUAUCUUUGAUACAAUUACCAGCGGGUUGCAUUAGUAGAUAUGCUGAUAUUAUAAGUCGUUUAGCAGACCUAACACCUGCUUUACAUCCAGAUUAUUCAGGAUUACGGAAAUCAAAAGCAUAUAUUCAACACUACCGAACAACCAUUAAUGAAAAACUCUUGGAUGCUGACAACGUUGAUCAAGUAUUGAUGAUUCACCGAGCUUUGAUUGGAGCACCAUUCAACGUACGAGCCGAAAGAAGACUAGUCAUACAAGGGCAGUUAUCCCGAGUUACUAUUAGUACCAGGUCCAUGGGUGAAGAGAGAAAUUACAUGCUCUUUAAUGACCUGUUACUCUUUGUGAAACCUAAGGUUGAAGGAAAAGUAACACGACUGCAGUACAAGGGUCACCUUACUCUAGAACGAGCAAAGAUUCGAUCACUUACUAAAGAAGAAGCGGGUGGAAUAGCUCAUUGUAUUGAAAUCACCUGCUCUAUGGCAGGCGUCGAUAAUUUAAAUUCAACCUUUGUUGGAGCUUCUACCACCCAUGUGCUUUAUAUUGGCUCGGAUAGAGGUAGAGAUGUAUGGUUGAAGAGUUUGGAUCUAGUUAUUCUAAACCUGGAUAAGAUAGCAAUGGCCAAACAUGCUCAAACAACUCGACGCAUGAUUCAAAGUAGGACACCCAGAGGUUCAAACUCAAACUCAGCUACCACAUCCACGCUAUCAUCAAAUGAUAGUCUAAAAACUGUAUCCAGGGAAUCCUCUCACAGAUCCUAAAUAACACAUCUAUAUGCCUCC